CGGUCUUAUCCGGCUACUUCCGCUGCUGUUUCGUAGCCUACUGCUGAAGGCUGGUUUGCGUCGACAUGGCGGUUACUCUGAGUCUCUUGCUGAGCGGGCGCGUUUGCGCCGCCGUCGCUCGCUGUGGGUUCGCGACCCGGGGGGUGGCGGACCCAGGCCCUAUUGGCCGGGAGCCGGACCCCGAUUCCGACUGGGAGCCGGAGGAACGGGAGCUGCAGGAGGUGGAGAGCACCCUGAAACGACAGAAAAAAGCAAUCCGAUUCCAGAAAAUUCGGAGGCAAAUGGAGGCGUCUGGUGCCCCGCCCAGGACCCUGACGUGGGAAGCCAUGGAGCAGAUCCGGUAUUUACAUGAGGAAUUUCCAGAGUCCUGGUCAGUUCCCAGGUUGGCUGAAGGCUUUGAUGUCAGCACUGAUGUGAUCCGAAGAGUUUUAAAAAGCAAGUUUUUACCCACAUUGGAGCAGAAGCUGAAGCAGGAUCAAAAAGUCCUUAAGAAAGCUGGGCUUGCCCCCUUGCUCCAGCAGCUCCGGGGCUCUGGAAAUACCUCAAAGCUGCUCCCUGCAGGCCACUCUGUAUCAGGCUCUUUGCUUAUGCCAGGGCAUGAAGCCUCAUCCAAAGACCCAAAUCACAGCACAGCUUUGAAAGUGAUAGAAUCAGACACUCACAGGACAAAUACACCAAGGAGAUGGAAGGGAAGAAAUAAAGAAAUCCAGGACCUAGAGGAGAGCUUUGUGCCUGUUGCUGCACCCCUAGGUCAUCCAAGAGAGCUGCAGAAGUACUCCAGUGAUUCUGAGAGCCCCAGAAGAACUGGCAAUGGUGCGUUGCCAAGUGAUCAGAAGCUGGAGGAGUUGAAGGCAGAGGAGCCAGGUAACUUCAGCAGCAAAGUAGUGCAGAGGGGCCGAGAGUUCUUUGACAGCAACGGGAACUUCCUGUACAGAAUUUGAGUCGGGGCUUGGCUUGUGGAGAUGCCUCGUGAAACACGGCUGGGCAAGUAUUAAUGUAUAUGGAGCAGCCUGGAUUUCUGCAUAUGGAUAAGCCACCUUGGAGUAGGAAGAAGUGUUGAGCCUGGACUGUGGGAGGAAAGAGCUGCAUGGAUAGAUUCAAACUUCCUGUAGUAGUGCUCCCAGUCUGACCUCUGUAGACCUUCAGUACUCACUCUUCUUGCUUGGGCUCUCUGUGUUGAAAACCAUCCCGUGUUGCAUGUGUUGUUACAAUUUUCUGUGAUACUUGCAAUUUAUGUUUGAGAGGAAGUGAAGUUUGCCUUCUGACCUAUUUCUUUAUUGAUCAGUGAACACUAACAUUUUGGGGACAACUUAGUCAAUUGGUUUUCCUUACAACAAAAUAAAGUAAAAUGUAGCAGUC